AUGGCGAGUGAUGGUGACGGUAAUGAUGAGUGCUGUAGUGUUGAGCCACUCCAGCCUGUGCAGGACCCUUGGCUCGCACUGGUAGUGGGCGCGAACUGCUUCUUGCCCGAGUUUUGCGCCGGCUUCGGCAAGUAUUUGGUCUGCUACCGGAUCGAGAAGGAGAAACGAGGAGGAGAACUGAUGUGCUCCUUCUUGCCCGACAUUCCUGCUGCAACGGCGACAAUCACAGGCAUGAUCGUGCUUUGCUUCCUCCUGGCACUGUUCGGCUGGACGAAGGCAGCUUUGUCUAGGACUUCCCCGAAGCCGGCCCACGUCGUCUAUUUGACGAAUGCCUACAAGGACAAAUUUGCAGCUUGGGAAGUGGAGCGAUUGGUUCGAAAGAUGCUGCUUACUUUGGUGGGUGCCGUGCUGCCGAUCACCCUGUCACCUGCUCUUCAGUUGGGCUGCCUCAGCGUGAUUCUUGUCGUCUCCUUGGUGGCAUACGUGCACCUGCUCCCCUACAAAGAGAACGCCUUCAACUUGAUCGAAGCAGCAUUGCUCGCUGAUGCCCUGGUGAUUGCAGCUCUCUCCAACUCACUUCUGGCUAAUGAUUCGAGCUGGGCGAAAACGGAAGCCACAAACCGCCUUCUGCUUUUCCUCACGGCCUUCCUCGCUGUCGCUGGAGCCGGUGUGAUGCUGCUUCUGCUGAUCCGGGCCUAUCUGCGGGAGCGACGGAUGAAGCCUAAACAGGCCUCUAAGUAA